AGCUUCUUUCUUUUCGUUUUCCAUGGCCAUGGAACCUCAACCACCACCCAAAAAGUUCCUAACUCGGCUUAACUCGGCCCUGGCCAAUAGUCGAGUCGGGAAACGUUUCAAACUCUCUCAACGGAACUCCACUUUCACGACUGAGUUACGUGCCGGCACAGCUACGUUUCUCACCAUGGCUUACAUCCUAGCCGUCAAUGCUUCCAUCCUGGCAGACUCCGGCGGCCCUUGCAGCGUCUCGCAUUGCGUUCCUUUAUGCUCCGACCCUUCUAUUCAAUUAUCCAACUGUACCGGGUCAAGCCUUAGAGUCAUCCAGCCCGAUGUUUCAUGCAAAUUCGACCCGGUUAACCCGGGAUACGCUUCGUGUUUGGAGAAAGUACGUAAAGAUCUCAUAGUAGCCACUGUUGCUUCUUCCCUGAUUGGCUGCGUAAUCAUGGGUGCUUUCGCUAAUUUGCCCCUGGCGUUGGCUCCGGGUAUGGGUACCAAUGCUUAUUUCGCCUAUACGGUGGUCGGCUUCCACGGGUCGGGUAGUAUCUCUUACAAGGAGGCUUUAGCUGCAGUCUUCAUAGAAGGGUUAAUCUUCUUGUUCAUUUCAGCUAUGGGAUUCCGGGCAAAGUUAGCUAAAUUGAUUCCCAAACCGGUCCGGAUCAGCUCAUCGGCCGGCAUCGGACUUUUUCUGGCGUUUAUCGGGUUACAAAACAAUCAAGGAAUCGGGUUAAUCGGGUAUAAUCCAUCAACCCUUGUGACCCUCGCCGGAUGUCCGAGUUCGUCCCGUAUUUCCGUUGCUCCGGUCAUAGAAUUGGGUAACGCAAGUGUGAGUUUAAUGCCCGGAGGUACAGUCUCCGGCGACAUUUUUUGCCUACGUAACAGAAUGGAGAGCCCCACACUCUGGCUUGGAAUCGUCGGCUUUGUCAUUAUAGCUUAUUGCUUGGUGAAAAAUAUUAAGGGUGCUAUGAUUUACGGGAUAGUAUUUGUGACGGCGAUUUCGUGGUUCCGUGACACUAAAGUGACGGCUUUUCCGAAUACCGCCGCCGGUGAUUCCGCCCAUGACUACUUCAAGAAAGUUGUUGACAUCCAUUUAAUUGAAAGUACAGCUGGGGCGUUGAGUUUCGACUCUAUUGGUAAAGGCUACUUUUGGGAGGCUUUGAUCACGUUCUUGUACGUUGACAUUUUGGAUACAACCGGCACGCUAUAUUCCAUGGCUAGAUUCGCCGGUUUCACAGACGAGAACGGAGAUUUCGAGGGUCAAUAUUUCGCUUUCAUGUCGGACGCGAUGUCGAUCGUGGUCGGAUCACUGCUGGGAACCUCACCGGUGACCGCGUUCAUCGAAUCAUCGACAGGGAUACGAGAAGGUGGACGAACAGGAUUGACAGCUUUAACGGUGGCUGGAUACUUUUUGCUGGCGUUCUUCUUCACGCCGCUAUUGGCGUCGAUACCGGCAUGGGCGGUGGGACCGCCGCUAAUACUGGUGGGGGUGUUGAUGAUGAGAGCGGUGGUGGAAAUUGAGUGGGAUGACAUGAGGCAAGCAAUCCCUGCUUUUGUGACAUUGAUUUUGACGCCAUUGAGCUACUCCAUAGCAUAUGGAUUAAUCGGUGGGAUCGGAACUUACAUUGUGCUGCACAUCGGUGACUGGACCAGGGAUCUGUUGGUAAAGUAUGGCGUCUUCAAAACAAAAGAGAUUCUGGUCAAUGGGACACAUAUUGACCAUGCAACUGCAAAACCUGCUGAACUUGAUCCUGUUUAGCUCUUUGCCUUUACUUUUGUUUUUGUCUCAUAUCUUUGUAAACCUUUCAUAUUUAUCGGAUAAAUUACAAACCAGGUUAAGUGA